UGCAGUUGUUGCUAGGCGACAGAGGAGGACGCUGGGAGUGGAGGCUAACUUGUUAGCUAGCCGGGAUAAGGAUAUGUAGAGUGUGUUUUUUCUCACUUCAAGUGCUUGUCAGUCAGUAUUUAGCCUCGUCCCUCGUCGCUGAGUUUCCUUUAUGAAACAAUGAAGGAACCAGCGGGUGGACGACAUGUUUCCUCGCCGUCUCCGGGCCGCUGCUCCCCGGGGUCCCCCGCUGACGCCGACGAGCCGGAGGAGAACACAGACAUGGAGGUGAAGCAGGUCACCCUGCAGGAGAGACCCGGGGAAGUAAAACAACACAACAAGAAGAGUGGUGUUUUAACUGCAGAUGUGGCUUCCAGCUGUGUGACCCAGCUCGGACGCGUUGGGCUGCAGCAUCUGUACCAUCACCUGUCUCUGCCUAGUCACAAUCUCAGCGACAUCUCCAGCUUAUGCAACUAUGUCCAUCUUCAAAAGCUGGAGCUGCCUCACAACAAAAUUAAAGAUUUGUCCUGCGUGAGCCACAUGCCCUACCUCGUCACCCUGGAUGCCUCUCACAACGAAAUCUCCAACUUCUUUGGAUUCCAGCCACCCAAGAACCUAAAGGAGGUCAAUUUCUCCCACAACCGCAUGACGAAAAUGAAGGACUUGUCCGCCUAUUCAUCUCUUAGUAAACUGGAUCUAGACCACAACAGCUUCACUGAGAUCAGUGGGCUUGAGCAAUGCUGCAAGCUCGCUCAUCUCAGCCUUGCGUGCAACAAGAUCCUGAGGAUCAGCGGCUUGGACAAUCUGCCGCUGAGUCAUCUCUGCCUCAGGGGGAACCAGCUGGAGAGGAUUGAAGGGUUGGAGAAUCUAAAGAGUCUGCAGGUUCUUGACUUGUCUCUGAACAGCAUCAGCAGCCUCUCUGGCCUCCAGAACCUCCACCUGCUGGGCUCCAUCAACCUUGAGAAAAACCUGAUUUGUGAAAUCCAGGAGUGUAAGCACAUUCAUGAUCUUUUCCUGUUGAGGGACCUCAAUCUGCUGCAAAACCCCGUCCAGGAGCAAAGAGACUACAGACUGUCAGUUGUUUUUCUUCUGCAACACCUCACUGUGCUUGACCAAGAGAGAGUCACUGUUGAAGAGAAGGUGUCGUCAGUGAACAAAUACGAUCCUCCAAUGGAUGUGGUGGCAGCCAGAGAUCACAUGACCCACCUUGUGUAUCAGCUGUUGCAGCCCCAGGUGCUCUACGACAGCAGUACUUUGCCCAAUACAGACUCUCCCUAUCCCAUGCUGGUGCUGACGGGUCCUCAAGGCUGUGGGAAGAGAGAGCUGGUCCACAGACUGUGUCAGGACUUGAACGAAUACUUUGGAUAUGGGAUUUGUCACACCACAAGGGAACCGUACUUCGGAGAGGAGAAUGGAAUCGAUUACCAUUUUGUCAAUGAAGAGGACUUUCAGAACAUGAUUCACAUGGGUAAGUUUAUCCAGACCAUGCAUUACGGGGGUCACAGCUUUGGGCUGAGCAGAGACGCCGUAGAGAACGUGGCCAGAGAGGGACUGGCCUGCUGUGUGCAUGUGGAGCUGGAGGGCGUCUUCAGUCUGAAGAACAGCUCCUUCCAGCCUCGAUACAUCCUCCUCAUCCCAACCCAGGUGGAGAAGUACAGGGGCCACCUAAGAGGCCGUGGUCUCUACACCCCGGCACAGAUCGACACGGCCGUGUCACGCAUGGAGCUCUACACAAACACCAACAGGCAACGGCCGGGCUUCUUCGAUGAAGUUAUCCCCUGUGAUGACUGGCAAGAAACGUACCCGGCUCUGAGGCAGGUAGUGAAAGGAUACCUGUUGCUAGAGGAACAGGAAGGAGAACACAACAACAGAGCUCCCCCUGACAACAUCUCCACAGGUCAUGAGCCAGACGAAAAGCCACCAUCACCCCUGUUGAGGUCAGGAUCAGGGACGUCACACUUUGCCACAGCUCUUGACCCCUCAGAUCCCUCUUACAGAAACUAUUUAACCAAGAUCCAGGCCGAGCUCACCCCUCAGAAGAGCUCUGUGGAGCUAGCAUCCAUCAGAAGGCGUGAGCAGCUGGUUAGAGAAGCUAUAGUGGGGAAGAGUCCAGGGGUCUACAGCCAGCUCUUCAAAAGCUCUCCUCAAACGGCACCAUCAUCACAGCAGAAUCAGGAUCCUGGUGCGGAUAUCAGUGAGGACCACAGCAGCUCGGAUGAGUCUCGAGCCACUUCAGCUCUGUCCGUGCCCAGUUCAGCUGGGGCCAUGAUCGGCUCAGUGGCACCGUUCAAUAUCUCUGUCCCUGGAAACACAUCGGAAACACUCAAAGAUCACCUGGCCUCAGACCCAGCCCCUGACGCUCCCCAUCCAGAAACAGAUCAACUUGCUGAGGACGUAUCCCUUUCCUCUGAAAGACGUCCUGGAUCCAACAUCAAGCCCAUCCUUCCUCCCAUCCCCACUGGGCGCAAGACCCCUGCAGCACCCAGCCCGGCCCCUUCUCCCAGAGCAGUCGUAGAGGGAGGACAUGCGAACACAGAGCAGUGAAAGGUUCAGAGUAUCUCACAUCUAAGAAAGUCAUUAAUAAAAGUAGCUGCUGAUUGUGAGACUACAGUUUUAACAUUGGAAGACAAUCAAACAAGGGUGAUCAGUUAAUAUCUAUAUAUUUUUACAAGUACAUAAGUUCAAAUGUUAGCUUGCUAUGUUGAAUUAAAAGAACAUCAAUAACAGACAACCACAAAAACCACAGAUUAAGGUGCGAUACACUGAAGCCAAACCCUGUCUCAGUGUCAGCCUCUGCCUGUGUUCUGCUUCUCAUGUCACAACACGUCUGGAUCUCUCACAUUUGCUUUGUACCAUUUACUUGAUAAGUGAAGGUGUUAAUGAAGCAAAGUCGUGUGUUUCGUCAUUGGCCUGAAGCUACACAGUGUUGACACACAUUACAAUUCAGGCUCACGUAGAUUGACAAACAUGUCUUUCAGUUGAGAUAAAUACAGUGAAGCAGAAAACACCUCCUUUAUCUUUCUACAUUAAUAUCUCAGAUUUAUGACCAGAGAAGGGACGUAUUCAUCUUGGAAAAGUUCAUGUUUUCAAGUCUGUCAUGUUUUAUGAAUGUGGCAUUCAUUUUCCUGACAGUGAAGUGGCAUUAUGCUUCCUACUGCUCAGUAAUCUCAUCAAAUAGGAUUUGCUAUUGACAACUAGAUACUGAUCUUUUAUGUGUAGCGUAGAGCUCUUGUCAUCGGAUGAUAAAUACAUCAUUAAUCUUUAUCUUGUGUGAUGGGAUUAUUUAUUCAACUGGAAAAUCAUUCAUAUGGAAGUUGUUGACAGGUAUUAAACAGCGAGCCAAAACAAAAAUGUCUUUGUGUGUGUGUGUGUGUGUGUGU